UAUAGCAUCCGCGCCUUCUCUCUUAAAAAAAAUGGCGGACGCCUUGAGUUUUGUAUUUCAAGCUUUGUAUUUUAUUGAAUACUCGAGAGCAAUAGCUACCCUUGUAUUUUAAGGAACUCGUUCAUGAGAUAGAGCAUUGAAUUUUCGUCCCUGGCGUAUUUUCAAGUAUCGUUUAGCAAGAUUUAAGGUAUGGGCUACGGCGUCAAGUUGGUUUUUCUGUUCACGUGUCUAUCUGCACUAUUUGUAGCGAGUGUGCUUCUGUUCGCGCGAGGAUUUCUUCUGAAACGGAUCGUUAUUGACGAAAAAACAUCCUGCGAGGCUUCAUUCAAUGGGAGCCUGACGAAUUGGGACCAUUUCACGACCGAAAGAGACCCGAACCAGAUGUCCCCUCCUCCUCAUGGUUGUUGGGUCCGGGCACGGUACAAGAAAGCUGUCAUUCUAGUCAUUGACGCGCUUCGAUAUGACUUUGUUCAUUUUGAGGAUAACGUCGAAGAAAACAAGACACUGUCUUAUCAGAAUAAGCUAACCUCUAUUCACAAGGUCUUAAAGAGUGAACCAAACAGGGCAUGGCUCUACAGGUUUAAAGCUGACCCACCUACUACUACAAUGCAAAGGUUAAAAGGGUUAACGACUGGAAGCCUCCCAACUUUUGUAGAUGCAGGAAGCAACUUUGCCACUUAUGACAUUAAAGAGGACAACAUUAUCAGAAAACUAGUAGAACACGGUAAAAAGAUUACAUUCAUGGGUGAUGACACUUGGACAGACUUAUUUCCUGAUGCAUUCCACAAGUCUUACCCAUUUCCUUCAUUUAAUGUGAAAGAUCUUCAUACUGUGGAUAAUGGAGUAAUAAAACAUCUUAUUCCUGAGCUACGGCAAAAGGAUUGGGAUGUUUUGAUUGGUCAUUUCCUUGGUGUUGAUCACUGCGGUCAUCGAUAUGGUCCUUAUCAUGCGGCGAUGGCAGACAAGCUGAGGCAGAUGGAUAAAGUUAUUAGGUCUGUUAUGGAAGAACUGGACGAUGAAAGUGUGUUGUUUGUGCUUGGUGACCAUGGCAUGACAAGGACAGGGGAUCAUGGAGGUGACAGUGAUGAUGAACUAGAUGCCGCUUUAUUUGUAUAUUCCAAGAAACCUCUUGAUAUAGCUCAUGACCUGAAGGAAGAAAACACCAUCGCUCAGGUAGACCUUGUACCCACCCUAUCCCUGAUGCUUGGGAUACCUGUGCCAUUCGGAAACCUUGGAAAAGUAAUAGCAGACCUUUUCACACAGGUUGAUAGGCAUGUAACCAUGCCAACAGAUAUGCCUGUUAAUAGUCGUCAAGUGUGGUCAACACAAAUUAAGAGGCUGGAAGUGCUUUAUGCGAAUUCUCUCCAAGUAAAUCAAUAUUUAGUGAAGUAUGAACAAGUUUCUGGAGAGAUUCCCCAAGAUAAACUUGCAUUUCUGAAACAGCAGUUCUUUGAUGCCCAGAACAGCUACCUUAAGCUUGUGGAGGCUUUCAAAGCCCAAGAUACGAAUUAUUGGAGAAACUUCAACCCUGAAGUUCUCUCAGAAUUGGAGACGAAACAUGUAGAGUAUUUAACGGGAGUGAGGAAACUUUGUGAGAGUCUGUGGGCAAAGUUUGACUUAGUGUCAAUUAGUGUUGGAGUAGUAGCCCAAGUCUUGUCUCUUUAUCUUAUAUGGAACACAUUGCAGAAUCCUGGCAUCUUGCGAAGACACAUAGACUUGUUGUUAGGAGCUGCACCAAUUCUUGUCACACUCGGUACAAGUGCUUUUCUGUUUUUACCUUUGUCCUCCAAAGACAUUGUGGUUGUAGCUUUAGGUGGAGCUUUGUUCAUUCUUUUAUCAGCUGCCGUACUUAAAGCUGCAAAAUCCACUCAGAAACUAUUUGUGGGGACAAGCCUAAGAGAUCUGAUGGGGAUUAUGGUAUUUCUUGCCUUUGUUGCUGGAGUAUUUUCAAACAGUUAUAUUGUCUAUGAAGACUCUGGGCUGACAUUUCUGACUUCCUCAAUGGUCGCAUUCAAUGUGAUAUUUUCUAUCGCUCAGCCUAAAGCAUUUGUUUCAAAGCCAGUUCCUAAGUCUGCAACAAAUGGAACUCUCAAGAAACACAAGAAAGACACAAAGAAAUUCAAUGUGAUCCAAUUUUUAACCACAAACUCAUUUAUCAUUCUUGCUGCUGCACUUUUGUUUGUAUGUUGUGGCAGGAUGAAUGCAGUAUUCAGAGCUUGCAGAGAGGAACAAAAGAACUGCCAGCCCUCAACAUUUUUGCAGCCCAUGGGUGCCUUGGUAGGCACAGGGGUGAACCUCAAUGAGAGAUUCAUCCUCUCUUCGCUCUGCCUUGCCAUUAUACCGCUCUCAAUACACCUGUGGUUACGUUACCAAGGCAACUUGAAUGGGACCUCCCCUGCAGUUCUGUGUAUCAAGCUUGCCAUUCCCUUAGCUGCUGUUAUUAUAGGCGUGCACUGGGUGUUACAAAUAAUUCCUGCUGCCACCAGUGACAUGUUUCCUAAUCUUCAGUUAUGGCAGCAGGUAAUCCUCCCAGAGUUCGCAUACUGGUUAUGCCUUCUGACAAUCUCUCUGCUGCUAUGGCAACCACUUUGUGUUUACACCUUACUGCGUGACAGUCACACCAUGCUGAAGAGCCCCCUUGCCAGUCAAUUGGGUUCUAGGGAGAUUGAUUCCAGAGCACUACAACUUGUUUAUCAGGAGGUCAAGCAACGGUGGCAAGGCGUGGAGCGGAGUAAUGCGCCGGGACUAAGUGACAAGCUCCCAUUGGUAUAUGGCCUGGGGUCAGUCUAUUCCUCCCCUAUUUUGAUCCUGAUUGGCUGCCUGGCAUUGCCACUGUUACUUUUGCUUGGCGAUGGAAUGGCAGGCUCUGUUGUACUCAUGCUGGGGCAGAUGGUAUUGUUCCUGGAAAUUGAUGCUUACGUUGCGGGACUCAGCCAAACCUCACAUGGUCCACUCAGUCCUGGCCCUUCUUGGAAUUGUGUGGCCGUGUGGAGCCUGCUCUCUAGUCAGUAUUUCUACUCGACUGGACACCAGGCCACUAUCCCUGGUAUACGAUUUGAAGCAGCAUUUGUUGGACUUCCUGGUGAUAUGAGCAACAUUGUAUUACCAGGUCUGCUCAUUUUCCUGAAUACCUUUGCGUCUCAUGUGCUCUUCGCUGUAUCUUUGCCUCUUCUGUUGUUAUGGCGACAAUUGACGAGCAGACUGCUGACCAAAACAGACGCCAAUGAUAAGGGCGAGUUCUCUCUCAGCGAUUAUCCACAAUUGUUCAGGGAACAGGUGUUUGCGCUUCUGCUGCGCUACACUUUCUUGAAUGGAGUUAAGGUCCUCGCGACAGCGUGCUCCGCUGCCCUUCAUCGUCGACACCUCAUGGAGAGUGCACACCCGGUAGGCCAACCCCUAACUUCGCCGGAAAUUUCACCUGAAGACCUCUGUGAAGAGCAGUCCCGCCCAGGGUAUCCCCAGUAGCAUAAGAGCGAAGGCGUUAGCGGCCGGAUAAAUGAAGCCGAGAAUAGUCCCCAUUACACCGAUAGUGGCCAUGAUGUACGCCAGUCGACACCUGUGAGAGAUAGAGUGUUAGUGGUAGGCGUAGCCAGCGGACAAUGAACACAAGAUCCGCAUCUAUGAUACCAUAAAGGGAAUUUUACAAAAGACAUAUGAAAAAAAUAUUGUUUCCACCCGAAGCAAAUAAAAGAAAUACCUGAGGCUUGCACCCCUGAAAACAGUUUUCUAGCUACGGCCCGUUUAGAAUUUGAAAGCAAUAAAUAAUCUAGAAAACGUUGGCUCGUAAGGCUUUUUUGCGAGCUCCAAAAAUUUAUACUCUCUCAAUUUAGAUUGAAAACUUGUGGUUGAGUGUUAGUUUUGAUUAAUAAGAUAAUAAAACUAGCAUUUUAUCACAA